AUGUCAAAGUUCGACCUGAUUAUCACCAACGGGAAGGUGGUCACCGCCGCCGACAUCAGCACCUACUGUAUUGGAAUCAAGGAUGGAAAAAUACGAGCACAGGCUGAAGAAUUCACGGCCGAUGAGCUAGAAGGAGCCCGAGUCAUAGAUGCCGAAGGUGCCUAUGUGAUGCCCGGUGGCAUCGAUGCUCAUGUCCAUCUCUCCCAAGAUCUGAAGACGGGGCCUAAUGCCCUAGGAGGAGAAUGUGCCGAUAACUUUGAGACUGGUUCAAAAAGCGCUGCGGCGGGCGGGACCACGACAAUCAUCACUUUCGCAACUCAGACUCGUGCGGAAGAAGACAAAAGUCUUAUUCAUGUCGUCGAGGCGUAUAACGCGCGUGCCGAGGCUACUGGUAGCUAUGUUGACUAUGGCUUCCACAUAAUCAUCGUUCGCAACGAUACCGACGUGUUGGAAAAAGAGAUUCCUAUUUUGAUGAACGAUUGGGGCGUUAGCAGCUGCAAAGUUUUCUUGACUUAUGAAACACAGCGCAUGACAGACUCUCAACUAUUGGAUGUGAUGUUUGCAGCCAAGAAGAACUCCAUGACAACGAUGGUUCACGCUGAGAACGGUGAUAUGAUCCAGUGGCUCACUGAUAAGCUGGAGAAGAAAGGAAUGGUUGCACCUUACUACCAUGCUCUGUCGCGACCUCCACUUGUUGAAGGCGAAGCAACAAACCGGGCAAUUGCGCUGGCGCAGCUCAUCCAAAAUCCAAUUCUCUUUGUCCAUGUGGGAUCGGCGCUUGGGGCCAGGAAUGUUCGCCGAGCGCAAACAAUGGGUCUUCCUGUGUAUGCAGAGACAUGCCCUCAGUAUUUCCAUUUAACCUGGGAAGAUCUAAAACGUUUCCAUUCGCCCACUUGCUUUGAAAACAGCAAGAUGAUUUGUUCACCCCCUCCGCCUCCAGAUACAUCGGAUCAAGAGGAACUGUUUGCGUAUGCUCUACUUCUCUCAUCAAAAUCGAGAAACCUCCAGCUAAAGCGUAACAGUGGUCUUGAAAACGGAACUUUUACCAUCUACUCAUCGGACCAUUGUCCAUUUCGAUAUGACGAUCCAAGGGGAAAGCCGGCAGGCGUGCUCGAAGACGCAGCAAGCAUGGAAGGCGAACAUCACUGCACGGGCGAUGAGUUGCAAAGUCUUCUAAAACGCAAACAAGGCUCCUUCAGAUUUAUCCCCAAUGGUAUUCCUGGAGUCGAGACUCGAUUGCCGCUCUUGUAUACUGGAGCACUGGCUACUGGCCGUAUCACUCCCCAGAAAUUCGUGGAGCUAACAUCGACUAAUCCUGCGAAAUUGUACGGUCUUUAUCCUAGAAAGGGUACAAUUAUGCCUGGUUCCGAUGCCGACUUGGUCAUCUGGCACCCAGAAGAUUCUUUUAAGAAUUUCCGUUUGACAAAUUCCAUGCUACACCAUAACGCUGACUAUACGCCCUAUGAAGGAAUGGAAUUUUGCAAUUGGCCUCGGUACACCAUCUUACGAGGUAAGGUUAUCUGGAGCAAUGGUGAGAUUCAAGGCAAACCAAGGGACGGAGCGUAUUUGAAGCGUGGGCCUAGUAAACUAGUCCGAGGAACUCACAAGGAAACUCAAGAUCCCCGUAGUGUUGCAACAUGGCUUUAUGAAUAA